UUACUGACAUGCCUAUCCUGUUUUCUCACUCACACCGGUCCCCCCUCCCGUGUUCGUCUACAGCCGAAUGACAGUCCGAUUAUGUAUUACUGUGGCGAACCUCCAUAAGCACUCAAUGAUGAAUUACACUUAAAUUUGUUUGACUUCAUUCCCGAGUUGGCGCAUUGAAUGCUUAAAAUGCACAUCCCACCUACUGCUUUUGCUCUCUUUUUUUUCCCACCCUCCGGCUCCUUUUUUUUAUUGUAUUAGCUGUUGAGAAAACAAGGCAACGGAAUUGUAUUAGUGUAUCUUAAGUUAAAAGCUCCUUGCUCUUUGACCAAGUGUUUCAGUGCUAUUGGGUUAAUCAGAUUUUUGCUGUCUGCGUGGAGAUGCUAUCAUGGCUAAGCAGAGCAGCCCCCCACUCCGACACUAUCCAGAUGGGAUCGGCUUACCGUAAUUUGGUUUCAGAAUACAUUACCCACAUGGGCCUGUGGCUGCGCUCGACCUACCUUUCCCCUAAACCGAGGGGUUUGAUGAGUCCAGGCCGCGCGUGUAUGAGCCCACAGCCGUCUGACUGAUCUAUGGGCCUCCUUGUCCCAUUCUCUGGCCACUCAGAAGGAGCCCUCUCGCUUCUGGCUGUUGAACAGGAUGGCCGCUGAGGAGCGGCACCUGCCCUCCAGCUGUGGCUCGUACAUAAAGACAGAGCCGUCCAGUCCGUCCUCUUUGGUGGACACAGCUAGCCACCCGAGUCCUGGUGCACACUCGGACGCAAGUGGUGGCUACGGCAGUGCCAUCCACAGCCACUCCAACGGCCUCGACUCCCCGCCCAUGUUCACGCCGGCAGGACCCCUCGGCGCAGCGGGCAGCGGCUGCCGCAAGCGCUAUGACGAGUGCUCCAGCACGCUGCUUGAUGACUCAGGCCCAAUCAAGUGCGAGUACAUGCUCAACUCCAUCCCCAAACGGCUGUGUCUGGUAUGUGGAGACAUCGCUUCUGGCUACCACUACGGUGUGGCCUCCUGCGAAGCCUGCAAAGCCUUCUUCAAAAGGACCAUACAAGGUAACAUAGAGUACAGCUGUCCGGCCACCAACGAGUGUGAGAUCACAAAGCGAAGACGCAAGUCCUGUCAAGCCUGCCGCUUCAUGAAGUGUCUGAAAGUCGGCAUGCUAAAGGAAGGCGUUCGUCUGGAUCGUGUCCGAGGAGGCAGACAAAAGUAUAAAAGGAGGAUUGACACAGAGAACAGCGCUUACCUGGGCCUCACCCUACCACCUCCUGCCAAGAAACCAUUGACAAAGAUCGUGUCCCACCUCCUGGUAGCAGAGCCAGAGAAGAUCUAUGCCAUGCCAGAUCCCACCAUGCCUGAGAGUGACAUCAAGGCACUGACCACACUCUGUGAUCUCGCCGAUCGUGAGCUGGUCGUCAUCAUCGGCUGGGCCAAGCAUAUCCCAGGGUUUUCCAGCUUGUCUCUGGGAGAUCAGAUGAGUCUACUGCAGAGCGCCUGGAUGGAGAUUCUGACCCUGAGCAUCGUCUUCCGCUCGCUGCCCUACGAGGACGAGCUGGUUUACGCUGAGGACUAUGUGAUGGACGAAGAGCACUCUCGGCUCACGGGCCUGCUGGACCUCUUUGUCUCCAUCCUGCAGCUCGUCCGCAAGUACAAGAAGCUGAAGGUGGAGAAAGAGGAGUUUGUCACACUCAAGGCCAUCGCUCUCGCCAACUCAGACUCCAUGCACAUAGAGGAUGUGGAAGCAGUUCAGAAGCUGCAGGACGCUCUCCAUGAAGCACUGCAGGACUAUGAGAACAGCCAGCACACAGAGGACCCACGACGGGCAGGCAAGCUGCUCAUGACCCUGCCCCUGCUGCGGCAGACCGCCACCAAGGCCGUGCAACACUUCUACAGCAUCAAGGUGCAGGGCAAAGUGCCCAUGCACAAACUCUUCCUGGAAAUGCUGGAAGCCAAGGUGUGAACAGGCCGGGCUAAGACAGCAAGGACUUUAAGAGACACACUAACUGAGGAGAAACAAGAGGAGAGACACACUGUUGAUUGACAAGCAGGUUACAGACUCACCUCUCUCCCUCUUUGUCUUUUCAAAUCUCUGUCUCCCUCUAUCUCUCUCACGGACAUGAGAUGUUUUUAAAGAACAACCUUAAAAAAAUAAGCAAAAUGAAAAACUCAGUAUAAAUAUAAAUGAUGAAGAGUUUAAAAAUAUAUAACAAAUCCUAUGUACUUGUACAGUAAUGAUUUUUUGUUGUUUAUGGUCUGUGAUUAUGUACGAAGAAAGAAAUCUCUCUAAGUCGGAGUGUUCUCAAUAAGGUGGACUCAAUAAGGUUUUUUUUAUUUUCAGUUUUUGAAAAUCUAACUCUAUACAUGUCAUGAUUCAAUCGGAAGCAGUAUGUAACGUGGAGCAUCACAUGCCAAACACGUGUGAUCGUUCAGGCCGAAGAACUCAUCCAGGACUUGUAAAUAUUCAUCACAGAGCGAUAAAAUAAUGACUGGCAAACGUCGGGGAAAAUGGCAGCCAUGUUGUCUUGCUCUGCUCAAAAGGAUGAGAAGACAAGGAUGUAAAUCAUAAAAUGUUAGCUUUUUUUCACUUUAAAUGUUCUUGAAUAUACCUCUUCAGAACAGUGAACCUGCAGCAAGGAUUUAAUCAUACCAUGUACAGGAAGUGACACAACUGGUAAACAUGUUUAAACAAACUAGUUAAGCCAGGUAGUCAGUCGUCUUACUGUGUAGUAACUCAGCAAUAAAGGGAGCUGAUGGUACAGAUUUAAUCGAACUGCUUCGCGAUGCUGCUGCCAUUAGAAUACAUUUCAUGUUACAUUUCAUACAUUAUGUGUACAUUAAGUGAGUGCAUUUCAGCAAUAAAUUGCACCACUUGCCUGUUGCACUGUGCUCAUUUGCUGAUGGUUGUUAACAUUGCUGAUGUUUCCUUCAGUCCAAAUUUGGUCAGCGGUGUAAGCUGGUGCUAAAUGUUAGCUGGCAGGCUGACAAACAGACCUGAUUUGGGCAGAGUGAAAGAUGAGUGAGGGAUUGGUAAGGGGGAAGGCUGUGGAGAGGGGAAUGAGGUUCAGAGGAGGUAUUAAAUGAUUUAUGCCAGGUGGCAUAAGUCCAGGAGAUUCCAUGUUCAAACAAUCAGAGGCCCAUACGUCAAAGGAACUAUUCUGGGUGUGUUAAGCCGCGGGUAAAGCCAUCCCGCACAGAGGAAGAAAGGUGCCCAGCAUCUGCUCAGCCCAUUUUAGACGUGACCAGGACUUUUUAUAGUCGCGGCACUUUUAUAGCAGUGUAUCCAAAUGAAGGUGAACAGCAGGUGCAGGUUUUUCACACCAGCGAUAUUUUUAGGCCUGCAAAGGUGGCAGAAGCCUGAAGAAUAGUGUGUGCACACAUUGAGGGCUCCUGACCCCAUGUUGACACAACAGCACUGAUGCAUUGAUUACUAAAAAGGGCUUUGGAGCAUAAACAGCUAAUUACCCUCCUAAACCUCCCCCUCCAAAGGUCUCCAACUAUGUAAGUGGUAAUGAUGGAUGACUAGAAACCACCGGCAUCACUCUACUCCUGUCUGAGAGCAACAUAGGAGCAACCAUGUGAAUUACGCUCGAAAGAGAGCCGCCAUGUUGUUUUGUUUGACCUUUGUGGUGCAUGAUUGGAAAUGUAGUUCAGUACUGUAGAUUUCUGUCACCCCCCCUCUUUUUCCUCCAUUUGAGAGAGUCCAGACAGAAAGGGAUGGCUUAUACUACUGAUGUCAUUUUAUGUGAUGUUGUAAAUUGUGGCGCUGCUACAAUUUGAUACUGUGAUCAAAGGAACUGACAUAGUGACGGGUGAUGUUGGCCAGCUCACUCACUAUAUCAAUGGCCAAGGAGAAUUGUGCUGUACACUCAUUGGCUACUUAAUGGAUGAAGACGUACCUGUUCAAUAAAACUGUUUAAACUUGAAGUGGCCACAGUCCUGUGUAUGGAAGAGGUUCAGCCAAGCAAAUAUGGACAAUGUAAUACAGGGCAUUUUUCAUUUUAUUGUGCAGAUGAUGUGGGUGAAAACAAGGACCAAUUCUGACUACAAUCAUGCUGUGUUACUAUUCCUAAAUUAUUCAGUACUGUUGCUUUGUUUUGUUUUGUUUUGUUGUUUUUUCAAUACUGCAGUUCAUAAAUUAAAAGUACAUUUGUGACUCCAGCAUGCAGUUUGACUUUUCUCUGUGAUUAAAACUCCAGUUUUGGCAAGACAGCUGUAUGAACUCUAACUUACUUGAACUACACCCUGUUAACUAUUUCACUAUUUAAAUCUCUCUGAAUCGACGUUAUGAACACACGCAUUAUUUUGAAAUCCCACUGUGAGUCUCUUACACACUGUAACUUCACGGUAACCUUCAUUUAUUCCUUAACAUUAGACAGUUAUUUGUAU